AUGGUGUUAGCCGAUUUGGGUCGCAAGAUCAACUCUGCCUUGCUCGAAUUGAACAAGGCUCCUGUCAUUGAUGAGCAAGUGCUCGAUUCCAUCCUCAAGGGCAUUUGUUCCGCAUUGCUCGCAGCCGAUGUCAACGUCAUGCUAGUGCAACGGUUACGGGGCAACGUCAAGAAGACUGUCAACUUGGAAGAGCUUGGAGGUGGUGUCAAUAAGAAACGUGUUAUUGAAAAGGCUGUGAUGGAUGAGCUCUUCCAGCUGGUGGAUCCCGGUGUAGAACCUUAUAAGCCUGUCAAGCAUCGACCCAAUGUGUUCAUGAUGGUUGGUCUUCAAGGUGCCGGUAAAACGACCACGUGUACAAAGUUGGCUUCCCAUUAUCAGCGGAAAGGCUGGAAAACGGCAUUGGUGUGUGCCGAUACUUUCCGUGCCGGUGCUUUUGAUCAGCUUAAGCAAAAUGCUACCAAGGCCAAGAUCCCUUAUUAUGGCAGUUACUCAGAAGCUGAUCCAGUUGCCAUUGCACAAGAAGGUGUUGACAAAUUCAAGGCUGACAAGUUUGAAAUCAUCAUUGUUGAUACAUCGGGUCGUCACAAGCAAGAAGCCGAAUUAUUUGAAGAAAUGAAACAAAUUGCUGCUGCUGUGCAACCUGAUUCUACUGUAUUCGUGAUGGAUGGUACUAUUGGUCAAGCAGCUGAAGGUCAAUCCAAGGCAUUCAAGGAAGCUGCCAACUUUGGUUCUAUCAUUCUCACAAAGAUGGAUGGCCAUGCCAAGGGUGGUGGUGCUAUUUCUGCCGUUGCUGCAACACAAAGUCCAAUUAUCUUUAUUGGUACCGGUGAACACUUGCAUGAUUUGGAUCGUUUCGAGCCCAAACCCUUUGUCAGAAAGAUGCUUGGCAUGGGCGAUAUGCGAGAUUUGGUGGAAAAGGUGCAGGAUAUGAAGUUGGAUCAAAACAAGAACUUGAUGAAGAACCUUGAGUCGGGUAAAUAUUCUCUUCGAGACAUGUAUGAUCAAUUGCAACAAAUCUCCAAGAUGGGCCCUCUUUCCAAGUUGAUGGGUAGUAUACCUGGUAUGCCAGCCGAUAUGAUGGCAGGAUCUGAAGAAGAAACCAGCCGACGUUUCAAGCGCAUGAUGUGUAUUAUGGACAGCAUGACGGAUGCCGAAUUGGAUGGUGACAACAAAGCCUUCGAAAAGGAGCGAUCACGAAUUAUGCGAGUAGCUCAAGGUUCUGGAACAAGCGUACAUGAGGUGGAAGAGAUUUUGAAACAAUAUACCAAGUUUGCUCAGAUGGUCAAGACGAUGGGUGGCAAGGGCGGUUUAUUGAGCAACAUGCCAACUGAUCCACGAAGAGCCAAUCCCAAUCAAAUGGCCAACAUGGCACGUAUGCAACAACAAAUGGCCAACAUGAUUCCUCCAGAGAUGCUUCAGCAAGUCGGUGGUAUGCAAGGUCUACAAAAUAUGGCUCGACAAAUGGGAGGCAUGUUUGGAGGUGGUGCUGGCCGUGGUGGAGGAGGUGGCGGUAUGCCAGACAUGUCACAAUUGAUGAAGGCAUUAGGCCGUGGAAGAUAA